CCACUCUCAAUAUGGUAGCUGUUUACCCCAUAUUUCCCCUCCCCUCUCUGCCUCAACUUCCUCGUUGUUUUGAAUAAACUUUAUUGACUACUACGAAUUGCCUACCACCACCACCAGGCUUCUCCCGGCGACUUUCCGGGCCAUUUUUCUCCGACCUGGCUGCCGGUUCAUUUCAUUCCUUGUUGGUUUGCUCGCGGCGAUCUCCUGCUGGCCUAGCGACAACGCCGCUUGCCGGUUCGCCGGGCGACCGCCGGACUAGGCCCGAGCUGCGGUCUCCAGCAGGCCCUAACGGCCAGGCCCUGAGCAGAGCUGUGGAGAAAGCUGCCCUGAAGCACCGCCGGGCGGCCAGGGCCGCGCGACCCAGCGGGUGGUUCGAGGGGAAGGCGAGCCAGGGUCGCAGCGUUCCCGUGACGAUCCCAGAAUUCGGCGCGCGCCGCCGCUGGGGCCGGAACUGCCGGCCCAGCCUCCGCUGAGCGAGGCGCCGAGCGGCUCCGCAGCUAGCCCGGCCGCCGGCGCAUCGGUGGGGCUGAGCUUCGCGGGCGUGAGGAAUCCCUGCAGCUUUGUGGUUGAGGAGGUCCCUGUAGGGGCCGGGACCCAACACGUUCUUGUCAGGUUUGGGGCAUGAGGAGGUUCCUGUCAGUUUGGGAGGCGUGAAGAGAUUCUCUUUCAGGGGUGCAACGAGAACGCUGUCGUCUUUGAAGUAGAAGACGAUCUGAUCAGUUUUGAAAUUGAGAUUUAUUUGAGUUGUUGGGGUGAUGAGACUCCCGACUGGUCGGGGAUGGAAUGAUUUUGAGAGUGAGGGAGAAGAUCGUUUCAACUCGCAGAACAACCCCAGAACUAUGAUUUGAGUUAGGCGCCUACUCUUGUCUGCCUUGUUCCUGAAGGCAUCAAGCCAGAAAGGACGUGUGCUGCCGCCUCCUGCUCGUCUUGACGCUAAGAAUCUGCCCCGCAGCAGAACGCUCCAAGGCCUGGCGAAGAUGGCUUCGGUGCCGGUGUAUUGCCUCUGCCGGCUGCCUUACGAUGUGACCCGCUUCAUGAUCGAGUGUGACAUGUGCCAGGACUGGUUUCAUGGCAGUUGUGUUGGUGUCGAAGAAGAGAAGGCUGCUGACAUUGACCUCUACCACUGCCCCAACUGUGAGAUCUUACAUGGACCCUCCAUCAUGAAAAAACGCCGAGUGUCUUCAAAGGGGCAUGAUACACACAAGGGGAAGCCAGUGAAGACUGGAAGCCCUACAUUCAUUCGAGAGCUCCGGAGUAGGACCUUUGACAGCUCAGAUGAAGUGAUUCUGAAGCCCACUGGAAGUCAGCUGACCGUGGAAUUCCUGGAAGAGAAUAGCUUCAGUGUGCCGAUCCUAGUCUUGAAGAAGGAUGGAUUGGGGAUGACGCUGCCCUCACCAUCAUUCACUGUGAGGGAUGUGGAACACUAUGUUGGUUCAGACAAAGAAAUUGAUGUAAUUGAUGUGACCCGCCAGGCCGACUGCAAGAUGAAGCUUGGUGAUUUUGUGAAAUAUUAUUACAGCGGGAAGAGGGAGAAAGUCCUCAAUGUCAUCAGUUUGGAAUUCUCCGAUACCAGGCUUUCUAACCUUGUGGAGACACCCAAGAUUGUUCGGAAGCUCUCAUGGGUGGAGAACUUGUGGCCGGAGGAGUGUAUCUUUGAGAGGCCCAAUGUGCAGAAGUACUGCCUUAUGAGCGUGCGGGAUAGCUAUACAGACUUUCACAUUGACUUUGGCGGCACCUCAGUCUGGUACCAUGUGCUCAAGGGUGAAAAGAUCUUCUACCUGAUUCGCCCAACAAAUGCCAACCUGACUCUCUUUGAGUGCUGGAGCAGCUCCUCUAACCAGAAUGAGAUGUUCUUUGGGGACCAGGUGGACAAGUGCUACAAGUGUUCCGUGAAGCAAGGACAGACACUUUUCAUUCCUACAGGAUGGAUCCAUGCUGUGCUUACCCCCGUGGACUGCCUUGCCUUUGGAGGGAACUUCUUACACAGCCUUAAUAUCGAAAUGCAGCUCAAAGCCUAUGAGAUUGAGAAGCGGCUGAGCACAGCAGACCUCUUCAAGUUCCCCAACUUUGAGACCAUCUGUUGGUAUGUGGGAAAACACAUCCUGGACAUCUUUCGAGGUUUGAGAGAAAAUAGGAGACACCCUGCCUCCUACCUGGUCCAUGGUGGCAAAGCCCUGAACUUGGCCUUUAGAGCCUGGACAAGGAAAGAAGCUCUGCCAGACCACGAGGAUGAGAUCCCAGAGACAGUGCGGACCGUACAGCUCAUUAAAGAUCUUGCUAGGGAGAUCCGCCUGGUGGAAGAUAUUUUCCAACAGAACGUUGGGAAGACGAGCAAUAUCUUUGGGCUGCAGAGGAUCUUCCCAGCCGGCUCCAUUCCCUUAACCAGACCAGCCCAUUCCACUUCAGUAUCCAUGUCCAGGCUGUCACUGCCCUCCAAAAGUGGUUCAAAGAAGAAAGCCCCGAAGCCCAAGGAACUCUUCAAGAAGGCAGAGCGAAAGGGCAAGGAAAGCUCAGCCUUGGGGCCUGCUGGCCAACUGAGCUAUAAUCUCAUGGACACAUACAAUCAUCAGGCACUGAAGACAGGCUCUUCCCAGAAAGCAAAGUUCAACAUCACUGGUACCUGCUUGAAUGACUCAGACGAUGACUCACCAGACUUGGACCUUGAUGGGAAUGAGGGCCCGCUGGCCCUAUUGAUGUCUAAUGGCAGUACCAAGAGGGUAAAGAGCUUAUCCAAGUCUCGGCGAGCCAAGAUUGCGAAGAAGGCAGACAAGGCUAGGCUAGUGGCGGAACAGAUGAUGGAGGAUGAAUUUGACUUAGAUUCAGAUGAUGAACUGCAGAUUGAUGAGAGAUUGGGAAAGGAGAAGGCAACCCUGAUAAUAAGACCAAAAUUUCCCCGAAAGUUGCCCCGUGCGAAGCCUUGCUCUGACCCCAACAGAGUUCGUGAACCAGGAGAAGUUGAAUUUGACAUUGAGGAGGACUACACAACAGAUGAGGACAUGGUAGAAGGAGUUGAAAGCAAGCUCGGGAAUGGGAGUGGAGCUGGUGGAAUUCUUGAUCUGCUCAAGGCCAGCAGGCAGGUGGGGGGACCUGACUAUGCUGCCCUCACCGAGGCCCCUGCCUCUCCCAGCACUCAGGAGGCCAUCCAGGGCAUGCUGUGCAUGGCCAAUCUGCAAUCUUCAUCAUCCUCACCCGCUACCUCCAGCCUGCAGGCCUGGUGGACCGGGGGACAGGACCGAAGCAGUGGGAGCUCCAGCAGUGGGCUGGGCACAGUGUCUAGCAGUCCUGCUUCCCAGCGCACCCCAGGGAAGCGGCCCAUCAAGCGUCCAGCAUACUGGAGAACCGAGAGUGAGGAGGAGGAGGAGAACGCCAGUCUGGAUGAACAGGACAGCUUGGGAGCAUGCUUCAAGGAUGCAGAGUAUAUUUACCCUUCCCUGGAGUCUGAUGAUGAUGACCCUGCUUUGAAAUCUCGACCCAAGAAAAAGAAGAAUUCAGAUGACGCUCCAUGGAGUCCUAAAGCCCGUGUGACCCCAACUCUACCAAAGCAGGACCGUCCUGUGCGUGAGGGGACCCGGGUAGCUUCCAUUGAGACUGGCUUGGCAGCAGCAGCUGCAAAGCUGGCCCAGCAGGAGCUGCAGAAGGCCCAAAAGAAGAAAUAUAUCAAGAAGAAGGCUUUGUUGAAGGAGGUAGAACAGCCUCGCCCUCAAGAGUCCAAUCUCAGCAUGGCAGCACCAGCCUCAACACUGGGCACUACACCCCAGCUUCUUGCCUCCUCCUCCCCCCUGCCUCCUCCUGAACCUAAACAAGAGACCCUCUCAGGAAGUCUUGCUGACCACGAGUAUACUGCUCGUCCCAACGCCUUUGGCAUGGCCCAGGCAAACCGCAGCACCACACCCAUGGCCCCUGGUGUCUUCUUGACCCAGCGGCGCCCUUCACUUGGCUCCCAGAGCAAUCAAGCAGGGCAAGGAAAGCGUCCUAAAAAGGGCCUGGCCACAGCAAAGCAGAGACUCGGCCGUAUCCUGAAAAUCCACAGAAAUGGCAAACUACUUCUGUGAGCCCCCUUGUGUCCAGCCCUUUACCCCUUUA